UUGACCAGGACAGUGCUAAACCAUUCAUUCCUGAAGUGUUCUGUGUUGGGAUACACUAUCCAGAACCGGAACCAUAAUGCGUCUCCUUUUGCUUCUGCUCUUCCUGUUCAGCCUAUCCGUGGCAUGCUUGGGUCAGACGUUUCAGUACUCCAGGGGUUGGACCAAUGGAAAGCGGGCUCUGCAAUCUGUGCCUUCACUGAUGGCAAAUGGAUACAUCCAUCGGAGCAACGAAUUUGGGUUUACCGAUCUCCGCCAUGUGCCAGAUGGGAAGAACGAUCUCAGGCUAGAAAAAUGUCUGACGCAGCUUCAAAUGUCUCUGAUUAAUCGGAACCCUGAAGUGGAGUGGAGCUUGAACCAUGUGGACACCAGGCCUGGUGAUAUUAACUUGAAAUCCAGCCCCAAAAACAAUAAUAUCGACAAUGUUCUUUACUCAAUUACCAACCCGAUUCGGAAUUACCAAACUUUCGAAGAAUUAAAAACAAUUGGAAGAACUCUACCUGAAGCCAACGUCUAUGAGAAACAGUAG